UAUGCUGCUCAUUCGAAAUGUGCCACACAGAGCAAUGUGUGGGAUGGCAUAGAACUUGAGGGACUGCCUGAAGAAAUUGAAGAACAACUUGAACCAUUUGAGACGAUAAGUGUUGGAGUCAUACUACAUUUUAGCCAUCAACAUCAUCAUUUGAGACUUGAUGAGAACACGGAUAGAGAGUACGAUGAGGAUAACCUAUGUCAAGCAUGUGUCAUGCCAAUCUAUUUUGGUAACUUGUACUCUUGUAUGCAAUGUGAGUUUAUUCUACACGAAACAUAUGCAAAUCUUUCUCGCAAAUUACAUCACCCGAUACAUCCACAUCUACUCACUCUAAUGGGGAGAUAUGAAGGUGUUAUGGGAAACACAAAAAAUAACUGUUCAGCUUGUCCUUGGGAGUGCAAAACUGGUUUCUUCUAUGAAUGCGGUGAAGAAGAAUGUUAUUUCCGGCUACAUGUGCAGUGUGCCACAGUUUCUGAGCCAUUAGACCACGAAAGUCAUAUGCAUCCUUUGUUCUUAACAUCCAAACCGGGAGAGCGAAGAAUUUGUUCGGUUUGCAAAGAGACUGAGUCAAGACGUUCUUUCGCUUCCACAGAUGAAACAUUCAAUUGCAUUGAGUGUGACUUUGUUUUGUGUUUUAAAUGUGCUACUUUGCCUCAAAAGUUGAGGUAUAAGUAUGAUAAGCAUAUGCUCACUCUUUCUUAUGGGGAGGAGACAACUCAGACAAGUACCAUGAUGUCUUGGUGUGAAGUCUGCGAGCAGGCAAUAAAUCACAAGGAGCGGUUUUACAUGUGUGAUGAGUAUUGUUGUGUCACACUACACGUUGAAUGUAUGCUUGGGAGGGACUUAUACAUGAAGCCCGGUUCAUCGUGGAAUAAUGACAGCGCUGUUCGUAUGAUACAUCUUCUACCCAACAAUCAUCACAUGUCUCGACCUAUUUGUUUCGUUUGUAAGAAGCGGUGUCUACACAAAUUAGUUUUUUUUAUGGACCCUGAAAUAGUAUUUUGUUCCACAUUAUGUUAUCAUGAGAUGUUAAAUUUUUAGAUUACUGAAUGAAUAAGAGGGGGUUGAAUUUGAAG